GGUUUUUCGAGUUUUGUGGUUGGUCGCUGGAUGUCGUGGAUGCUGAGGAUCUCCUUUAUUGUUCCCUUUUUUUGUGGGGUGGUAGUGGGAUCGGAGGGGUGUAUUUUCGGCUUCCCUCGUUGUUCAUGAAUAGAGGAGAGUUGAUUGGAAUUGUGGAAAAGCGAGCCGAGGUCGCCAGCGAGGGACUCGACGGUGGUUGGAGUUCGCUGCAGUCAGUGAAGUUAGUGAGGACGGAAGGUCGGGUUGGUCUGCAGAGGCAGCAUGAGGACCGUGGGAAGAGUACAUUGCCCAUUGCAGACAGUAGGCAUCGGAAGUGGUCUUUCGCGAGUGAGCUGCUCUGUUUCAUCCUGCCCUGCCGCUGGUGUUUGCUGCUGCUGCUGCUGCUGCUGAUGAUGAUGUUUUAGAAGCGAUGCAACAGCUCGCAUUCGGGCAUCGAACACCAAUGUAGCCUUGCUUGCUGCCGUGGAUUCUGUUCAGCUCAGAUCAGGUCUGCACAGUCGUACUCUAACCCAAGUUCUGGCUGCAGAAAUGCCGUCGAGGUUCAACAAGACGAGCGAAGCUGGGUCCAGGUCUUUGGGUUUAGGAACAUCCGAGUGUGGGGUCCCCUCAACUCAGCGUCUUCUCAGUGUCUCACGUGUUAGUAAGACAUGCCGCCGUCACAUGGUUUUCGAGAGAAAGUACUCUCGAGUUCAUGGCCUGCAUUCUCGUCUCUCUCAUAGACUGCGACAGCAGUGAUCUCUGCCGACGAGUUUUCUCCAGGAAGGAGUUCAGAGCUGAAGUGAAGGACCUACAGGAUCAUAUCGACACGCCUGGAUGAUGAAUGGUGAGGAUGGGCUGUCAAUCUUGAUCCAUCAGAGAGUCGGGGGAGUGUUGCUCCAGCUCGACCGGACUGCAACGUUGGUGCUUCUUGCUCACACCCAUGAAUCUUUCUGAAGCUGCGUAUCGUCGUCCUGUAUUUCCUGACGUGGGAAACCCGGAGUGUAGUCGUCGCAGUCGCCUCCGCCUCCUCCUCCUGCUCCUUGCCCAGCUGCCAGCCAGAAACCUAAAAUGGCUGUCCUGGCCGACUUCUUCAUCUACUGCAUCGCAGCUGCCGUGGACGUGAUGUCGUAUGUUCUGUUCCAGAUCGUCUGCAUUCUGUCUCUGGCCGUCUAUCAUGUGGUAAAACUGCCGGGCUUCUUGGUCUACCAGCUCAUCAGCUCAGCUCUGCUCAGCAUCCCAUCCAUUAUGGACUACUUCGUCAACGUGGUCGUGAGCGUCGCCCUGGAAUCGACGCUGCAAAUCACAGGAGCCACCUUCACGGCAGUUCAAGGAUUUGUUGUCAUGCUCGCCAACAUUUUCUACGAUCUCUUCACGCACGCCCACACUGCCCUGUUCGAGUUCAUCACCUUGGUCGGUACGUGCAUGGUGAAUGUGUUCUGGGUGGGAGGGAUGUCUCUGCUAAGCAUCGGGAAGAAUUUCACCAAUGCUCUGUACGAAUUCCUCACCAACAUGUAGAAUGUGAUGCGCAUCGUCCCACAUUAUCUACACCCAUGCUAUCAAGUACUUACCGCAGCUCGUAGCUGACUUCUGCAUCCCACUUGAGGACCUUCUGCAUCCCACUUCAGGGAACGUCAUUGAUCACCAAUUCAUUGAUAUUGACCUUCCAAUCUCUUCCUCGGAUCUGCUUCUGGGGCCAUACAAUCAGGAUCAUGACUCCUUAGUGCUCACAAAGGUCCACGUGAGUGUGUGGAGGUGGAUGCCGAUUUAAGGAUCAUUAGAUACAGCGUUGUGUAUAGUUCGUAUCAUCCACGGUGAAGAAAAGGAAUUUUGAUGAGGGUGACGCUCGUUCUUAUUCCACAACCAUCCCGAUUGAGGUGUUAGACUCUAGCGUCGACGGAAUCCGUCCCAACUGCAGGACGAGUCAUCGUCUGGAAUAGGUGUAAGAGUCAGAGUGACGGCUGGUUGCUACAAAUGGACGCGCGGCAAAUUUUAUUACUUGAUUGCGAUACAUGCUCCCCGACCAUCAGAGAGCAGUCGAGAAAGUCGACUGCUGCAGGAGACAGUUCUUCGAGGUAAGACUGUGUGUCAAGCCCUAGAUGCCGGAGUGAUGGCGUUCUCGACUCUGAACUCUUCAUCUCUCGUGUGUUCCCUGGGGAUAAGACAUUCCUAGGAACAGAGUUUGUGCAUAUUAUUCCCGUCAAUUUCAGUGCUGAUGUCCAGUUUCUCAGUGUGCUGUGAUUCUCCAGCGUAUGUGGAUUCUUGCAUUACGAAAUCACGCCGCUGGUUGUGAGGGAAUGAUUGCACCUUCGGUGAUGAUUCAAGUGGGCAAAAGUGCAAUAUCAUAUGCCACACAGCCCAGGGGGAGCAGCUGCACGUGCCGUCGUACGACAGUACACAGCUUCCGGUCGCGACGCGGAGACUACACAAUGGUUUUGAUAAUCCUCAACUAUGAUUAUCCGAAGGGAUCAGACGAAAGAUUCCGUGUUAUUAGAAGGUCGAUUCUUCGGAGCGAGAACUCCGAUGUAUCUUUUGUGAGGUCUUAGUCCGGUCGAGUGCCGACGCUUGAUAGGCGUGAGGUGAGUUCUCGAUCCUUCGUAACAUAUGCGUAGCAGCACUUUUUCGCCUGCUUGAACCCUAAGGAUCAAGUCAUGGCAGGAGGAGCCUUCAGCUCAUACGUGACAUAACUCACCAGUCCUCCAAAUCUGGAUGAGUUUUAUCUCACCCAAAUGGCAUUGGACUGAGCUUUGCCACCACUCUGACCAUAUCAGUAGGAACAUGUGUAAAUUUUUAGUGUUCUCAAAGGUCGGUGGUAAGUAUCGACUUACGAAUAUUAGAAUUAUCAUUGGAGACUCAAACCCGUGUGGUUUAAGAUCACUUAAUGCGCAGCAUCGUGUUUAUUUUCCAUUUAAUUGUUAUGGCGCUGUGAUGCCCUGUCAGCCUUGGACUUGUUUCCUUGCAAUUUAAAGAGCUCCUAGAAUACUGU